UCCUGCAUUUCUUUCAGCACUGGGGAAGCCAACCUGUGCACUAACGAUGUCUAAAACUGGGACCAAGAUUACUUUCUAUGAAGACAAAAAUUUUCAAGGCCGCCGCUAUGACUGUGAUUGCGACUGUGUGGAUUUCCACUCGUACCUAAGUCGCUGCAACUCCAUUAGAGUGGAAGGAGGGACCUGGGCUGUGUACGAAAGGCCCAACUUCACUGGACACGUGUACAUCUUACCUCAGGGCGAGUACCCUGAAUAUCAGCGUUGGAUGGGCCUCAACGACCGCCUGGGCUCCUGCCGAGCGGUUCAUCUGUCUAGUGGAGGCCAGUAUAAGAUUCAGAUCUUUGAGAAAGGAGAUUUUAAUGGUCAGAUGUAUGAAACCACUGAAGAUUGCCCUUCCAUCAUGGAGCAGUUUCACCUGCGAGAGAUCCACUCCUGUAAAGUGCUGGAGGGGGCCUGGGUUUUCUACGACCUGCCCAACUACCGCGGCAGGCAGUACCUCCUGGACAAGAAGGAAUACCGGAAGCCCAUUGACUGGGGUGCAGCUUCGCCCGCUGUGCAGUCCUUCCGCCGCAUCAUGGAGUAAUGAUGUGUUUGGGGCCAUAGACGUCCUGACAGCCAAAUGCUGGCUGGCCUCAUGGCACAAGUAGACACCAUAAAUAAAGCAAUUGGCAUGCAUCC